AUGGCGAAAAUUAAAAAAGCGUGCAUUUCAAAUGGAAAAAAGCAAAGAUGCUUAGCUGGUUGUACCAUCACCAAGAUAUGUAGACAAUGUGAACAGUCGAAUCCAAGGAAUACAGUCAAUAAUUCUUUCUCACUCCCCGACGAUAAUCAUAUCAAAAUAAACCGAAUCCAUCGUCGAGAGAAAAAUUCAAAAUACGCUGCUCGUCAAGAUGAGUUGAAUGUAGAAUUUGCCGCUCUAGAAAAGGAAUUGGAUUAUUUUAAGAGAAUGGUAGAUUCUCUUGAACAAAAUCAUAGUCAUCUUUCUCUUGAAAUCUCUUCCCUUAAAAAAGAAAACUCUAUUCUCA